AUGCAGCUGCCGCCUGCGCUGUGCGCCCGCCUCGCUGCGGGGCCCGGGGCGGCGGAGCCACUGCCUGUAGAACGGGACCCCGCGGCUGGGGCCGCGCCCUUUCGCUUCAUUGCGCGCCCCGUGCGCUUCCCGCGGGAGCACGAGUUCUUCGAGGAUGGGGACGUGCAGCGCCACCUCUACCUCCAGGACGUGCUCAUGCAGGUGGCCGACGCGCCUGAGAAGCCCAGGGUGCCCGCGUUUGCCUGCCAGGUGGCUGGCUGCUGCCAGGUGUUCGAUGCCCUGGACGACUAUGAGCACCACUACCACACACUGCACGGAAAUGUUUGCUCCUUUUGCAAGCGGGCCUUCCCUUCUGGACACCUGCUGGACGCCCACAUCCUGGAGUGGCACGAUUCGCUCUUCCAGAUCCUGUCUGAGAGGCAGGACAUGUAUCAGUGCUUGGUAGAAGGCUGCACAGAGAAGUUCAAGACCAGCAGAGACCGGAAGGAUCACAUGGUGAGGAUGCACCUGUACCCCGCGGACUUCCGGUUUGAUAAGCCAAAGAAAAGCAGAAGCCCAGCCUCAGCGGAAGCCCCAGGGGACAGUGGAGAGCGGUCAGAAGGGGAGGCCAUGGAAAUCUGCUCUGAGCCUGUGGUGGCCUCCCCUGCACCGGCGGGUGAGAGGCGGAUCUACAGUCACAGGUCAGUGUCUGAGCUCUUUCUGAAACCCGUCCUCAAUGUGUGUUUGGUGCCGAGGAUUCUGGGCUGCACCUGGGCCGCAGCUCUUCUCAUACUGAAUUCGGAAAGGUAACGCUGGGUAAGAAAAUCGGCUUCCGCCAGAGAAGAAAGUCCAGAUAUUUCAGGUCCUGUGAAUCACUUAGUUUCUCUCGCAUACUGUUUUUGAGCCGCUGAAGCGCAGGAAUGCCAGGCACCACUCACUUUUCCUCAUUGUCUGAGUGGGAUGGAAAGAGUCUCACUUGCAGUUGUUUCAGUCACAACCCAGGCGUCUGCCUUAAUAGCAUCACCUGUGCCGUCUGCCUUUCUAGCCUCACCUGUGCCGUCUGCCUUUCUAGCAUCACCUGUGCCGUCUGCCUUUCUAGCAUCACCUGUGCCGUCUGCCUUUCUAGCAUCGCCUGUGCCGUCUGCCUGUCUAGUUAAAGUUGAUUUUAAAUUAAUUUGGGGAAAACGGUAAACAAUUGGGGAAAAACAUCACCAAAGACUCCAAACAGGUGGAACGAUGAACUUAACGUUCCCUGCACCCUCCUUACAGAUGCCUGGACUUUGGCCUGUGAAUGAGCCCCGGAGGGCUGGGACAGUAGGGGUUUUCACAGAACGGACAUGGGGUAGCAGGAAGUCUCAGCCCCAGAGGGCUUGGCAGGAGCCACCCUCUCCGCUGAGUUCUUCCCAGCGGGUGUGCGUCGGUGGCUGACGGGGAUCUCCCACAGGAAGUAGGUCUCAGGCUGUGGAAAGGGAGCUGCCCCAGGGCCCAGGAGGGCCGGCUCUGCAUCCCGUAUGUUCCCAGAGUGAAAGAGAAUGAGACGGAGACACAUGAGUGCUGUUAUGACCUGGGUUGUUGAUUGGCAAAUACAGCAUCUAAUAGAAACUUUUUUCCAUCCCAGAAUACCCUCUACCAUCUGCUUUGGUCAGGGUGCCGCUCGAGGAUUUAAAAGCAACAAGAAGAAAACCAAACAGUGCUGAUAGACUCAGAAAAGGAGUGGGGGGCAGUCGCCACUGCUGGGAGUGGCAUCCGCCGUGGGCCUUUCUCCAACCUUCUGGUGUGGCCGUCCUGGGGCCAGGCCCUCGCCAUCCUCCCUGUCUUUCUCCCUCAGCAAAUGGCAUCAGCAGCUGUCAUUAGAAACUGUGAGGGACCCACAGAUUUUGGAAAUGACCUGGACACACUAUUGGGAAGAUGUGGACGGCCUGUCUCCUCCUGCAGGGCCCACCCUAAGAAUGUAUUUUUAAACACAUGAAAUAAGUAUUUUUCACUGAU